UCUUGUCGAAAGUGAACUGGUCCGUCAGUCGCACAGCUGAUACAUGAGUGACGUCAGUAAAACAAAGCCAUGCGCGGUCGAUCGCAGCCGCGAAGUAAACUGAACUGUCUGAGCUGUUUUGCGAGCAAACAUUGGGCGUCCGUGAAACAGUGAGGUGCGUUCCGUAAUAUUUCAUAUCGUCAAUCAAAGGCACGGCUGGUUUGCGUGCGCAAACGAGCUAACCGUCUCGCGCAGUUCCUUCGCGAACGAUGCCAUUCAUAUCGAAGGAUUGGCGCAGUCCUGGAGAAGAAUGGGUGAAAACUGUCGAGGGUUGGGAAAAAAAGAAAAUCCUCGAGUGCGCCAACAAUAAAACACUUUCUCUUCUACUUCGCGGCGACAAAGAUGCGCUCGAUAAGAAAGAGAAGGACAAAAAGAAAGAAAACGUCGUUCAGCCGCAUUGCCGCAUCACGCUGAAAUGCACGCGCGAGAUCGCUGGCUUCAACGGUUUGAGCGACGCGCUAAAAAGACUAGACUUUCUAUCUGCGGUGCACGAUUGCCGACGUUUUAAUUAUAUUGUACGUUUAUUGGAUCUUCUGGUCAGUCAUAGAAUGGGUGGUCUGAGCGGAUGCGCUCAACGAGUCCUGUUCAAUAUGUUGGAGGAAGUCGCGCUUGAAGUAUCGUUGUCACAGCAACAAACCGGGAGACUCCGACGGCUAAUCGAAAGAGUACGAGCUUUCAGCGCGAGUUGCUGUUGGGGUGGUAGACCACUAGGAUCCGUGAUCUUGUGGGAGAAACACAAAGCCGCCCUGGAGAGGAUCUUGCAAAUCGCCUCUUCUAUCACCAUAACUCAGCCGGAUGAAGAACAGCAGCCGCAGUGGUCGGAUUUGCCCGCGGAGUGUCGCCGGGAGGUGCUCCUUCGUCUCAGUGAUCCGCGAGACAUCGAAGCGUCUUCGGAAGCCUGCGAAUACCUAGCUGUUCUCGCGCAGGAACAGAGAAUCUGGCGGGAGUUGGCCCAGUACCACUUCACGCCUCAACAAAUAGCCACUACUAGGAAACAAAAUCCUGGAAAGGAUUGGAAAAAUAUUUUUACUAUCGCUCGAAGAUCGUUUGGUCUACGGGAAGAGUACGCUGAGAUGAUUCAACUGUGCCGCAAUUGCCGAUGCUUAUUCUGGCGAUCGCUCGGACAUCCCUGUAUCGCCGAUCAAGAUCCAGCGUUUCAAGAGAAACUGGCGGACGUCGAUCGAGCCUCUCUACACGUACCGAUUCCCCCACAGACCUUUUUGAAAUUUUUCUCUCUAUGAAACGUUCAGACAAAGAAGAGGGAACAGAAGAGUUGUAAAUUUUAACCCUUUCAGCUUGAUCCCUUUUUUCGUGAUGAAAAAAGACGCAACUGCGAAGGUAUAUACGCGCGCGUAAUCUGACAAGCGACUCGGCUCGGACUACGCGUUUCAUAUGAGGCAUCUUUGUUUCUGGCUUAAAACGCUCCCUCGAUCUUUGUCUUCGACGUAUACAUAUACGUAUAUCGUACGCCUUUCAAUUUCGGUCACGAUCCGCUCCGAUUCGUUCUUACGGAUACAAGAUACGGUAUCGUGAUCGUUUCGUUCUCUCCUCGAAAUUCUGUAUCGUUAAUUAACGAUCGUUGUGUCUUAUCCUUCGAAAUUUGUCGACGUUAAGCUAAGAAACAUAAUUAAGCUUAAAUUAGUCCAUCGCAUCGCGUCCGCGGAGAGAUUACUAAACGAAGCGAACGAAUUAUGUGAAAUCACGUGAUGAAUGUUUAAGUGUAUCGUGUAUUGUGGAAUUAGCGGUUUUUUCUUCAUCCAUUUGUAGUCACGAUGCUGCAUCGUGCUACACUUCUCGGAAUGAAAGACAUUUCUUUAUUCUUUUACGAACCAAUGGAUUCAUUUUUGAAACGUUACGUUUUCGUUGGCAGCUCUGUAUCAAAUUGAUACUUACUUUCCCUAUUUUUAGAUCGAUAUUUACUUUACAAUCGUUUCGUAUUAUUUUGCUACUUGCUUUCAAUGCAUUUUUCGCUCAUAUUUCCAUUAUGCAUUUUUCUAUUCCAUGUCGUUAUUGUCGUCUUUAUCAUCAUCGUCUUCGUGAACAGGAAUUACAAUUAUAGAACUAUUAUUAUUAAAAUGGAGCAUACUAGAAGCACACGUUAUUACAGGCUCACGCUCACAUCAAUCUAUUUGCUUCCUUUUUCUCCUUUUUCCUUCUUGAGACAGGGAAUGUGAAAAGGACAGUGAGAUAAGAGAAAAGUUCAUUUUAUGUUUGGUAUGCUCGAUUUAACGAGUGCGUCAAAUUCCCAUUGCUUAACAUGCAAUUAUUACAUUUAUUUAUUUAAAUGCAUCGUUGUUGAAUUUUUGAAUAUUUCAUAAAUACAUGGAUAUUAUUAUAUUUAAUUAAGUAAUUGAUUUGGAAUGAUGUGGAAAUUAUACUGCCAAAACAGAUACUAUAAUCGUAUUCACUCGAAUUGAUAUGCCUUUAUUUUUUGGUACACUCAUUUUAAGUACGAUAUAUAUGUAAUAGAGUUUAUUCGUGUACGUUACUACUUUUUACAUAAUACAAUAUGAAAUUGCGUUGCAAAUCCUUGCAAAGUAGUCGCAUCGCAAAAUAUGCGCCGUUAGCAGGCAGGAAUAUAUACAUAUACAUUCAUAUACAUAAAUUUCUGAUAAGCGAGAACUGUGCAUUUCAGCCUAACAUUUUAGCAAAUUGUAAUUUUUGACAUUUUCUUUACUAAUUUAUGUAAUUUUUUAUCUUAACGCAACAUUUUUCCUUACGCAAAUGAUGUAAGUAGAGCACUGUUGUGCCAGAUGCUUCGAAAUAAAAAAUUUAUUUAUCUAUA